AAAUAAAAAACGCGCGUACUUUUUAUCAUCCAUUGCCCUUUUAUCACCUUUUUUUCUUAUUUCUUUUUUGAUAUCAAAAAAAUAAUGCCUAAAAUUAACGUUACCGUAAAGUGGAGUGGUAAAAAGUUUGACGAUAUUGAGUUGGAUACCGAUGAGUCACCUGAGCUUUUCAAAACUCAAAUCUAUUCACAAACAGGUGUCCCCCCUGAGCGUCAAAAAAUUAUGGUCAAAGGUGGCAUCUUGAAGGAUACUACCGAUCUCAAUAAAUUAGGUUUGAAAGAGGGUCAUAGUUUUAUGAUGAUGGGUACUGCGGGUGAGCUUCCUAAAGCUCCUCCUAAACCUGUUCAAUUUUUGGAAGACAUGACAGAUGCCGAAGUGAUGAAUGCCUUGGAUAUUCCUCCUGGAUUAGAAAACCUCGGCAAUACAUGUUAUAUGAAUGCUACUUUACAAUGUAUGCGUGCUAUGCCCGAAUUAAAAACGGCUUUAGACAAGUAUCAAGGUGGAUUAAACGGAGUGGAUAACCGCGGUAAUUUGGUAGCAAGUCUUCGUGAUCUCUUUGGCAACCUUUCUAAAGUAUCAGACGGUUUCCCUCCCUUGAUCUUUUGGCAGAUGCUUCGUCAAUCUUUCCCCCAAUUCUCUCAAGUUGGUCAGGGUGGUGUCCCCAUGCAACAAGACGCGGAAGAAUGCUGGAGUGAACUCAUCUCCGUUCUCAAGGCGAAAUUACCCAAGGAGGAAGGUGACAAGAAUUUUAUCGAACGUUACAUGACGGGUGAAUUACAAACAGAAACCAUCUGUGAAGAAGCUCCCGAAGAAGAAAAGGUCGUCUCCGCUCAUGAACCUUUCAACAAAUUAAGUUGUCAUAUCUCCAUCAAUACCAAUUACAUGAUCAACGGUAUCUUGGAGUCUCUCAAUGAAGAAUUAGAAAAGAAUUCACCUACUUUAAAUCGCACAGCCAAAUACCAACGUAAAUCACGCAUCACACGUCUUCCCCAAUAUUUACCCAUCCAGUUCGUUCGUUUCUUUUGGAAACCCCAAGAACAAGUCAAGGCCAAGAUCUUGCGUAAGGUCAAAUUCCCUCUCGAAUUCGAUGCUACGGAAAUCUGUACACCCGAACUCCAAAACAAAUUCUCUAAAGCUAAAUUGAAGAUGAAGCAAGUGGAGGAUAAAAAGGUGCAAAAAGAAAGAGAUGAAAAGCGUAGAAAGAUGAAUAGUGAUAUUGGUAAAACAGAAGUCUCAUCCACAUCACCAUCAUCAUCAUCAUCAUCAGCAGCAGCAGCAGUUACUCCUAUGGAUACAACAGAGGAUAAGGUUGACUGGACUGAUUAUUUAGAUCCUGAACUUGUAAAGGAUAUCGGAUGUAACCCUACUGGACAAUACGAACUUGUGGCUGUAUUGACACAUGUGGGUAGAUCGGCUGAUUCCGGUCAUUAUAUUGCAUGGGUUAAAAAGAGUGCGGAUGAAUGGCACAAGUUUGAUGAUGAUAAAGUCUCAGUUCUUCGUGAUGCUGAUAUUGAACGUCUGGAUGGUGGAGGUGACUGGCACACUGCCUAUAUUGUCUUGUACAAGGCUAAACAACUUGAAUAAAAAAAAAUAUAUACAUAU